AUGGAGGAUUCAGAGCAGGAUGUCCGUAGGUUCGUGCUACCUUCACCAUCUGUCUCUGCGCCAAACUCUCCAUCGAUCUUCGAGAUCUCUUCGGACAGUGCUAAGUCCGUGGAGCGUGCGGAUAGUCAGGCCCAGGUGGAGUCUCCGAUCCCAAUGCCUCUACUCCCCGAGCGGGCACCCACAUUUGGAGACUUGUCCCCCCAGCACCAGGAGAAGCUCCGGGAGAUAAAUUAG